CAUCUUGUCUCUUACGCUCAUGUCUCGCGCAAUACCCAGCGAAUGCAACGAAAAUAUACAGCUCUGCAAUCGCUGCAACCACUCGUACAGCAUCUCGUUCCAGAUCCCGGACAAGGCCAGCCUGCGCACCGGAUGCCUUCCAACGACAAUUGGAGCCAGGCUGAUUUGCGACGCUAUAGCGGAGGCGGACGAUCACAUAGAGGAGAUUGGUCACGAAUUGGAACGCCUGAACGAGUCUUUGAAACGUCUGGACACUCUCAAAAGGUCGCUCGAAUACUCUCAGGACGUUCGACGUGCGCUUGUGGCGCCCGUACGGAGGUUACCAACAGAGAUCCUGGCUGAAAUAUUUAAAGCUUGCUGCGGAGACGCAAUCUGUAUCGCAAUUGAGAGGUGCGCCCCGCUUGAAUUGGGCUCUGUGUGCAAGGUCUGGCGAGAUACUAUCGUUGGUAUGCCUACCCUAUGGGCAGGUUUCUUCUUCUCUUACGACCUCCACCGCUGCUACGCCCCGCCUGCGUCUCUUGUGACCCGGCUAAAAACUUUCUUGGAGAACUCGGGUGAUGUACCUCUACGACAUUGCAUUGGAGAACAAGGGUGGUCUCUCGAGUCUCUUAGCGGGGACCUAUUUGAGGCCAUUCUGCAGCACUCCCACCGAUGGACAUGCCUUUGGGUCUGCCCUCCUCCCCGCACCUCCAUUGUGAACCGGGACUCCCUCUUCAGCCAACUCGAGGGACGAUCUCUCUCUCGUUUGACUUCUCUCCAAGGGUCCCAUAAUGAUCUCUGCGAGGGGAAUGAGAGUAAUCUAUUCCAUAUACCGACCCUGCGCUCCCUUCUCAUCUUAUUCGAAAGAGGAUCGGACGCACGCAUCAUGCCUAACCUCCCCUGGGAGCAGCUCGAGUGCCUAUACAUCGACGGGCCACCGCACUACUCCUACGAUAUCCUUCGUCGGUGUCCGAACGUGGUUGAAUGGAAUUACAGCAACAAAUGGUGUUGUACGUCCCCCGCGACGAUACCCGAGACAGCCAUCAGGCUUUCCCACCUGCGCAAGCUCUCUGUCGACAUCACCCAGGAAACCGCUGAUGCUGCUCUUCUCGGUCGCUUGGAGGCUCCCUCUGUGGAAAGCCUCGCGCUUGAUUGGGACAUAUCACCACAAUCUCUACUAUCUGAAAGCUACCUCGGGCGCCUCGUAGAGCGUUUUUCGCGCCGCUUGCGCUGCCUUCGUCUGAUCGGGUUUCAGCCUAUUGGGAGAUCGUGUCUCUCAUCGCUGCCAGACCUGCACACCCUCGAAAUUGGCUAUUUCUUCCCUUCGUUCAACCAAGACUGGCUCGACGAUCUCAGCGCCGUUGAUGAUGCAGGAAGCCCGCGCAUCCUCCCGCGCUUGCAGAUUAUGAAGAUAGAGGACCCGCUCUCUUUCCCACCGGCGGCGUUGGUGGAGAUGCUGGAAGCGCGCAGGGCGAUGGGUCAUGGACUGGAACGGCUAAUGCUCCAUCGGGACGUUGUGGAAGACAGUUCCGAGUGGAACGACGAUGUCACAGCUCGGCUGAGAUCACUGGUACCUUCUUUCGAGAUUUUCAUCUAGUAUCCCACCGACGUUACAGACCAAAUAAUACUCGUACUCAAUUCUCUACGGCUACAUCGUACACAUCAUGCAAUAAAAAGGAGCGCAGCUCGAAAGCGGGAUACAAGUACAAACAGCGAGUUUGACACGGAGAGUUGGUACGCAGAGUCCCCUUCCGUGCUUACGGCGGAAGACCCUUCUGCGCCGCGUCGUCGCGACAUGCGCGGCUACAGAAGUCGUCAUUGCCGUGCUGGGGGUACUUGCGGCACAUGAUGCAGGCAGUCGCCUGGCCGGUCUGCACAGCCUCUCUGCAGGGUGCGUCAGUGGAAGGACAGAAGAGAAGAAGGUCGAACUCACUCCCUGUGACGCGCCGAACAGUAUUCCCCCGUGUCGCCAUUGCUGUCGACGAAGACCGGCUGAUUGCAGCCAGCCA